UGAACGCUCCCCGCAUCCUGCUCGCUACGCCACCGUCAGCGGGAAGGUGAGGAAAUAAGAUCCCGCAGUAACGUUACAGCGAACGGGCAGGCUAUUUCGGAUGAGCGCUACGUGGGAAUAAAGAACAGAAAGACUGCGUAGGGGAUAUAAAGAGUAUGGAUGGCUAUGGCUUCUCCAGCGAUAUGUUCAGUGGGCGGCCGGUUCUGGGCGAGGACCGCUCGGUCAUGGCCCGCAUGCAGAAGAAGUUCUGGAAGACCAAGCAGGUUCUGAUCAAAGCCACAGGGAAGAAAGAGGACGAGUAUGUGGUGGCGUCUGACGCAGACCUGGACGCUAAGCUGGAGUUCUUCCGUUCAAUACAGACUACAUGCACAGAGCUGCUGAAAGUGAUAGAAAAAUACCAGCAAAGAAUCACAUACCUGUCUCAGGAGGAGAAUGAGUUGGGCCUGUUCCUACGUUUCCAGGCCGAACACGACAAAACCAAAGCAGGAAGCAUGAUGGAGGCCACCAGCAAAGCCCUCUGCAGCUCUGCCAAGCAGAGGCUGGCUCUGUGUCCCCCGCUGCAUCGGAUGGAGCAGGAGGUGGAGACGUUUAGGCGGCGGGCUAUAGCGGACACGCUGCUGACGGUGGGCCGCAUGGAGAAGGCCCGCACUGAGUACCGCGGAGCACUGCUCUGGAUGAAGGACGUCUCCCAGGAGCUCGAUCCUGACACCUACAAACAACUGGAGAAAUUCCGCAAGGUGCAGGCGCAGGUGAGAGGGACGAAGGUGCAUUUCGAUAAGCUGAAGAAUGACGUGUGUCAGAAGGUGGACAUGCUGGGGGCCAGUCGCUGCAACAUGCUCUCUCACUCCCUCUGCACUUAUCAGACCACUCUGCUACAGUUCUGGGAGAAAACGGCACACAUCAUGUCUGGCAUCCACGAGGCCUUCAAGGGAUACGUGCCCUAUCAGUUCACGACCCUGAAGGAGCUGAGAGACCCACUGGAGAACCUUUCAGAAAUCCAGUCAGAGGACAAAAAGGAGAAAGAAAAACAGACUAAAGCAGACAAUCUUGUGUCCCUGGAGGAUGACAAGUCUGGGGAAUCAGCCUCUGAAGCUGUUUCUGCUCCAGACGUUGAUGGUCAGAACAGAGACUCGGACAGCUCUUUAUGUGCCAGCUUGGACUCGGCCUCACUUGAACCCUCAGGCAUUGUGAGUGGAGUCAGUCCAGAUGAUGACCUCUUACUCAUGACCCCUGACCCUGCCCCGACCCUGACCCCUGCAGUACCUAUACUGCAGCCCCAGAGCUGCCCAGAGGCUGCACUGCCCCCUGCUAUCCAGUGGGACUCCAGUUUCCACCAGGGGCAGAAUCCUGAGGCCUUUCCCAGCAUGCCACUACCUGAGAAGGUUGGCAGGGACCUGCUGUCUGGUCUUACCCUGCAGUCUGGCACUGAGGAUGAGGAUGGAGAGAGGGGUGAUCUGUCGUUUCUGCAGGACCUGCUGAGCCCCGGAGCCUCCAGUGGUGGCGAUGACUUCAGCAAGGCGUGGCAGGAUGCUUUCGGCUGUUUCGAGCCCCCUGCAGCCGCUCCCUCUACCACACACAACCCUGCGCCAAGCAACCCCACAGCCCCUCACUCCCCGUCUCAUUCCACGAGCCCCACUGGCUUCCUGCCUUCACAGCUCCUCGACCACAGCCUCAGCACCACAGGAUGGGUGACUCCACCUAUGUUUCAAGCUCCUCCCCUUCUGCCCCCUCCCACUGGCGGUCAGAUCCCAGCUGCCCAGAACAGCCCCAGAACGUCAGCUAGUGCUCCGAAAGGUGGCACCAGGGACAUGUCUGCUUGGUUUAAUCUGUUUGCUGAUCUGGACCCACUCUCCAAUCCAGAUGCUAUUGGACGAACUGAUGAGGAACUCCUUAAUGCCUGAGGAUUCCAUCAGGACUCACCACGUCAUCACUGUACAUGAAGAAAAGCAAGAGCUGGACGUCCCCUCUACCAAAAAUGAGUCCCACCGAGCCAAGGAUACGUCCGGAUCCACAUUCCUAUAUUCUAGAUCUGGAAUAUUUCUUCAUUGUGAGGGGGUAGCUCUCUCUGUUUCUGUGUGUGUGAGUGUUUGUGCUAUUCUACUGUUCUUUUCUUUAGGGAAACGUGGGUUUAAAAAGGGUUUAAAAAAAAAAAACUGCACUAAACACAUAUCGAUCACAUAUUGUUGAAAUACGACAG